AUGUCAACUAUUUCUCCGGUUUUCUCAUGUGAACCGGGUCUAACGGCCCCUGUCCAAGCUUCUGAAAGCGGGUUCACUUCAUGGGACAUUUCACAUCUCUUCUCGUUCCUCGACUCGUCAUCAACGAAUAUAAUACCGGACUCGGCUAGUGAGUACCUAAGGCCUGGUUCGGUAAACCGGACUGGUUCAAACGUUGAUCUGACUGACUGUACUGAUGAGAGGAGAAAGAAACGGAAGUCAUUGAACCGGGAAUCAGCUAAGCGGUCAAGGGUGAAGAAACAAAAGCACUUGGAUGAGAUAAGUGUCCAGCUAAACCAGCUCAAGAUUCAAAAUCGGAAACUGAAGAAUCAGCUCCGGUACAUUUAUUACCAUUGUCAGCGAACAAAGAUGGAGAAUGAUCGUCUACGUCUGGAGCACCGUAUGCUCCAUGAUACCUUGUUAAACGUCAGACAAGUUUUGAUGCUUUGUCAGAUCGAAAGUAGCUCGGAAUGUGCUACUUGGUCUUACGAUAACAGUACUGUUGUUACGGUCCAGCAGGAUCCGUCGGUUAUAACAAAUCAUGUCAUAGUUUGA